AUGCAGUACGUCCGCAGCCUGAGCGGCCCCGUCUCCAAGACAUGGAACUCGAUCAAUCCUGCAACACUCAGUGGUGCCAUUGAUGUGAUUGUCAUUGAACACGAAGACGGCAGCCUGGCUUGCUCGCCGUUCCACGUUCGCUUCGGGAAAUUUUCCCUGCUGCGCCCUUCAGAAAAGAAGGUCGAGUUUCGCGUCAAUGGGAUCAAACAGGAUUUUUCUAUGAAGCUAGGCGACGGGGGAGAGGCAUUUUUUGUCUUCGAAACAACAGAGGAUGUGCCUGCUGCUCUCCAAACGUCGCCUUUGGUCUCCCCGGCAAGCAGCCCAGCGUCGACUUCGGUCGCCGAACUGCCCUCGCUACAGGAGCCGCCUGAUUUGGAUCUGGACAACAUCGGUAGCUUAAAGGGUGACACAAAAGAUCUGGAAGGGGUUUCGAUAUCCCGUGAAAAUCGUUCCCUGUCUCAAGACCUUGGCACAAUAACACCACUAUCGCAGUCACCAAAUGAUUCUUCCAUACACCGGAUGGGCCUGGAUGUAUAUGAUGAGAACAAUUCACCCGUGAAAUUAGACCGUUCAAUUUCAGAUGGCAUUCUUCAAGCCGGCUCAACAUUGGGCAGCGAGCCCUCCAGCCUCGAAAACUCCCCUCGAGGUGCCGACCUGCUCCAUGCUCGCCGGGACCGACGAUCGAUCAGCCCUCCUCCCAUAUCCCCAAGCGAGGCGAUUUCACGUGCGAUCGCACUAUCGAAGAAACUUUCCGGGUCAAACAUUCCUUCCCAGGUUACCGACACCGGGGAUCUCAUGCUUGACAUGACUGGAUAUAAAAGUAGCGAGGAAGACGCUCUCCGGGCAGAAGUUGUUGCACGCAAGAUUCUUUCCGAGGAACUCGAAGGAAACUACGAUAUUGGGGCAUUGAUCGGUGCUGACGACCAUGGCAAUUUGUGGAUAUAUAGCAGCGAAGAGGCCAAGCUGUCCGCCAACCGUCAGGCAACUUUGAAUACAAUGAAGCCUCAUCGGCCCUCCUUCAGCGAGGAUGCAGUCUCAGAUCCCGGUUAUCAUAGUGAUGGCGAUCAAGCGACCCUAGGAUCCCCAAUUCAAACCCGCCAUCAUCGUGCCCAAUCCGAUGUACAACCCGGAUUUCCUACUCCUCCUCAAACGCCACCACAGGAUGCAGCUGUCAGCGACUCCAACCGCAACUUUGCCAAAACCUUGCGAUUGACCAGUGAUCAGCUCAAGACACUCGACCUCAAGUCUGGAGCUAACAAUGUGUCAUUCACAGUGAAUAAGGCAACAUGCCCUGCUACCAUGUAUCUUUGGAGCUACAAGACACCUAUUGUCAUUUCGGAUAUCGAUGGAACCAUCACAAAAUCUGAUGUUUUGGGUCAUGUCUUGAAUAUGAUUGGGCGCGACUGGACCCAUCAAGGCGUCGCCAAAUUGUUUACGGAUAUUGUCAGCAAUGGAUACAAUAUCAUGUAUCUCACUAGUCGCUCAACCGGCCAAGCUGACCUCACCCGAACCUAUUUAAAUGGGGUCUUGCAAGAUGGGUAUAGAUUGCCCAAAGGCCCAGUUAUUAUGAGUCCAGACCGCACUAUAGCUGCGUUGCGGCGGGAGAUUUAUUUACGAAAGCCGGAAGUAUUCAAAAUGGCUUGCUUGCGGGAUAUCCUAAACCUUUUCCCUCCCCAAGAUAAUCCAUUCUAUGCUGGAUUCGGCAAUCGAUUGACGGAUGCGCUUAGCUAUCGCUCUGUCAACAUUCCAUCAUCACGUAUAUUCACCAUCAACUCCAAUGCCGAAGUAUCUUUGGACUUGCUGAGCCUGAACAAGUACAAAAGCAGUUAUGUCACUAUGAGAGAAUUGGUUGAUCACUUCUUCCCUCCUAUCAGUCUUCUGGUCCAGGGCGGAGGCGAGGAAUUCACUGACUUCACAUACUGGCGCGACCAAGCCAACCUAGAAGACUUUUCAGUCACCGACAGCGAAGUAGAAAACGAAGACGAAAUCGUGGAAGACCUGGAAAGCGAGCAGGUUUAUAGCGACGAAGGUAGCGAUGUUGACGAUGAUGAACAAGCCGAGGAAAUGGCCGACAGUUAUAUCUCGCGCGACUCCUUUGAAAACCCUGACCUGGCCGACUCGGUUGAAUCGGUUGCCGAAAGGCCUUUUUCCGACGAGGAGCUGUCCGAGGAUGAGGACGAGGACCUACCUGACAUUGGUGGAGUCUCGUUGCGCGAGGAGAAAGCCACACUUUGA